UGGGAAUGGAAAUGGGAAUGGGAUGAAGUUAAUAAAGUAGAGUUGGGUUGGGUUGCAUCUUAAAUAGGUAUAUUAAAUACAACUAAAGUAAACUAAUGCACCCCAGAUCACGAGACGUAGCGGGGCAAAAACGCCAUAGGACUGAUAGAUUAGGCUUCUUCUUGAGGGGUUAAUGGGUUGAUGGGUUGAUUUAAGUUUUUGUCUAUAUUGAUCGAAUUAGUAGGCGCCUCCCCAAAUAACUUGAAACAUUAAAGUGCCCUAUGCAUAGCACUAAGGAGCUUACUAUAUCAACUUACUGUAUCUUCACUUUGAGCCUCUUCAUCAUUUUGACUCUUCUCCAUCAUACUUCUCAUCAUACUUCUCAAGGCUAGGUACCGAGUCCCCAAAGUUAACCUACAUAACUUUAACAAUGUCUCCUACAUUGAUUAGGUUGGCAACAGCCUCUCCAUCCACAGCAAAUACACCAUCGGAGACACUAGCUCAACUUUACCAGGUUGCUAGCAUUGCUGCUGCUAAUGAUGCUGAUAUCCUACUACUUCCCGAGGCUUAUCUAGGUGGCUACCCGCGAGGUUUAGAUUUUGGAUGUAAGAUUGGUUCACGGACCGCCGAGGGCCGUGACGAGUAUCUCCGCUACUUCCAGAGUGCUGUCGAUUUAGGUGAUACUGUCGGCGAUGGAGCUGGUGCCGGCGAUGCUUGGGUGAAUAAGCAGCUGGGGGCCCAAGCCAGGGAUGGACAAGCUGACGCACCGGUGACCAGGGGUGAUGGCACGCGAGAGGAGCUGGAACGAAUCGCUAGGCACACCGGUGUGUUCAUCGUGGUCGGCCUGGUCGAAAAGACAGGAGGCAGCUUGUAUUGCUCUGUUGUUUACGUUUGUCCGAAGUUGGGAAUGAUUGGGAAGAGGAGAAAGGUCCUACCGACAGGGUCAGAACGACUCAUUUGGGCUCAGGGAUCGCCCGCAACCCUCAAGGCAGUGAGCACUACUAUUCGUGGCGUCCGAAUUAAUAUGGCUGCUGCUAUCUGUUGGGAAAAUUACAUGCCGCUUUUACGGCAGACCCUCUACGCGCAAAACAUCAAUCUCUACCUCGCUCCUACUGCGGAUAACCGUGAGGCUUGGUUAGGACUGAUGCGUACUGUGGCAAUCGAGGGUCGUUGCUUCGUCAUCAGCUCAAAUAUGUGUAACACUUCGCCGCGUGACAACAAGCCAAGCGACUCUGAAUCAGCCGGACAUGGAGGCCAUCGAGCCGGCGGGGCUAAUGGCGCUGCUGGGAGGAGAAAAUCUGUGAUUGACGAGGACGGGAACGAGAUCGCGCUCCCCAAUGGAAAACAGACAGCUUCGACAACUGCCGUAUUCGAAGCUGAAGGGGUCCGAAAGAACGGACAUGUCGAGCCGGCGGCUAAGGCUGCCGUCGCCGCCGCUGCUAGCACUCGGGGCGGAUCGAGCAUUGUCUCGCCGUUUGGCGAUGUCGUUGCCGGGCCGCAGUGGGAUGACGGCUGUAACGUCAUAUUCGCGGAUGUUGAUUUCGAUGACUGCGUGCGAGGGAGGCUGGACUUGGAUGUUGCUGGGAGUUAUUCGAGAAACGACGCCUUUAAAUUCUCCGUCGUGGGCUUGAACCUUGAGCCCUUGCCGUACUGAUAAUUUGCUCUGGCUGCCUCCUAAGCAUUCUGCUCCCUUCGUUCUCUUUCUCGUCUGCCUUUUAACACGGCUUAUGAUUCAUGUAAACUCCGUUUCAUCCAUAUAUUGCAAGGUAUCCAUGUACAUCAUAUGGCGUUGACGAGUUGGCUGAGCAUGUGGAAUAAGAUGGGACAGGACAUCUACCUCAAAUCUUUGGGUACGAUUUAUGUCUUUCUUUCAAGGAGGAUGAUGGAAUAGUCUAUAUUGCAGUAUAGUAUGGUACCUGUACAUACCUUGUAUAUAUACUACUACUAUGCACCUAUCUGCGUACACAAGCUCCA